AUGGAGAAAAUAAGAGAAAAAAGAAUCAACGAAGAGCUUAACACUCUAGAAAGGGCUAAAAUUACUAAAAAGCUACCUUUAAAUAUUUAAUAUUAACUAGUUGAGAAGGAUGGCGUACUAGAUGACUACAAAAUACUCAUAAGUUUUAAAGGUAGACCAGAUACAAUUUGGUAAAAUUAUGAAAUCAAAGGUAUUCUUUCUUUCCCAACCGAUUUUCCUAUCGAACCUCCUUCCUUCUAAUUUAUUGAUAACUUUUAACACAUUCACGUAUACUCUAAUGGUGUGAUUUGCUUGCCUUUAAUAACAAAAGAGUUUUGGAACACUAAAACUACUGUGCUUAAUGUUAUCAUUUAGAUUGAAGAUUUAAUACAUAGACCUCCAAAUUUAGCAUCUCCUGCUAAUCAUUAACUAAGCUAACUUUAUCUAAACAGCAAAGAACAAUACGAGAAUUUUAUAAAGAAUAUGUAAAAAGAUGAUUGUCUACCAUAAUGA